UUCUUCGUCUUGGCCAUAGCUGUCCUAUCCUCUGCAGCUACGAUGUCGGAGACACCGCCCGUCGCUCAGACUGCUGCUGCUGCGCCUGAGAAGCCCGCGGCUGCAAAGAAGACUAAGAAGCCCGCGAAGGCUGCGGCGCCGAGGAAGAAGCCCGCAGGGCCCUCCGUGUCCGAGCUCAUCGUGCAGGCGGUCUCCACCUCCAAGGAGCGCAGUGGCGUGUCCCUGGCCGCGCUCAAGAAGGCGCUGGCGGCCGCCGGCUACGAUGUGGAGAAGAACAACAGCCGCAUCAAGCUGGGGCUCAAGAGCCUGGUGAACAAGGGCACCCUGGUGCAGACCAAGGGCACCGGCGCUGCUGGCUCCUUCAAGCUCAACAAGAAGGCGGAGGCCAAGGCCACUACCGCCAAGGUGUCAGUGAAGGCGAAGGCAUCCGGGGCGUCUAAGAAACCCAAGAAGACUGCCGGGGCCGCAGCCAAGAAGACUGUGAAGACCCCGAAGAAGCCCAAGAAGCCUGCCGUCUCGAAGAAGCCUUCCAAGAGCCCUAAGAAGCCGAAGGUGGUGAAGGCCAAGAAGGUGGCCAAGAGCCCCGCCAAAGCAAAGGCGGUGAAGCCCAAGGCUGCCAAGGCUAAGGUGACAAAGCCCAAGACCGCGGCUAAGCCCAAGAAGGCGGCGCCCAAGAAAAAGUAAACAGUUCGGUUGGAGGCUUCUUCAGUAACCCAACGGCUCUUUUCAGAGCCACCUACAUAACUCAGGAGAGCUUAGCACGGGUUUCACUGGUACCUGGUACAAGUUAACUUGUUCCAGGUUAACACAGUAAACUUGGUUACCUUUAGGCAGCUGGAGGCUUGAGUGACAGCCUAUUAUGAUUGGUGUCCGUGACUGCAAAGCUAACAUUACCCAGCUGAGAUAGUAACCCAGGGAGGAACCACGCACUCCCCAGGUGUGGUCGAUCGGUUACCCUGCCUAGAGGGCACCUGGGUAAGUGACCUGUGCUGCCAACAUGAGACUGAGAAUGAGGUCCUUACGCAAUGCUCAAAGUACAUGAUAUGCUCUGUGGCACAGCACAUGUGGCAUGGUCAGGACAAAGUUUAAAAGCAGUGUGGGUUUUUUGUUUCCAAGCAUAAAAAGUUGGGCUCCUUAUCAGAAUGCUGGAUGCUUGGAAGUUCGGUUUUGUGAGGGAGUUCCUGGUACUUCUCACGACCCAGUUGGUCCAUCUCCCACAUACUGGAAAUAAUGUCACAGUGAUAGGUGGCAUACAUCGUGUGAUGGAACAAGACUUUAUUCUGGCUCGUAUCUAUCUACAGGACCUGAGGGAGGCUGUGAGGCCUGAGGGAGGUUGUGAGGCAGGCAGAUCUGGAGCUGGGGCGAGGUCCUCCCGAGUCGCACACGGGUGGCUUAGGUCAUCACGUCCUGAUUUCACACGGCUUCAUUCUCACUGGCGCAGCUGGCACACCUUGGUAAGUGGUCCCUUCAUUACAGCUGUUGUAUAUAGUCUUUUGAUCUAAAUCCUUCGCGUGGGAAUCCUAAUACAGUAUCCUUUCAUUUCCCGGC